AGGUCAUCAUGCAAGCUCACUGUGCCAGCUGGCAGGGCGAGCUACUGAAUCUUAUCUGAUUUAGAUCAUGGCUGCACGUCGGCAGCAGCAGCAGACUCAGAGAGCGGCAAGAGGAGCAGUGGAGGUGGACGAGUACAGUGCAAACCCCACACAGGCCUUUACCUUUUACAACAUCAAUCAGGGACGCUUCCAGCCGCCCCAUGUGCACAUGGUGGAUCCAUUGUCCCAUGACACUCCUAAGCCACCUGGCUACACUCGGUUUGUGUGUAUCUCGGACACACACUCACGUACAGACGCCAUUCAGAUGCCGUAUGGUGAUGUUUUACUGCAUGCUGGAGACUUCACUGAGCUUGGCCUUCCCAGCGAGGUUAAAAAGUUCAACGACUGGCUCGGUACUUUACCCUACGAGAUUAAGAUAGUGAUUGCUGGGAACCACGAGCUGACUUUUGAUCAGGAGUUCAUGGCAGACUUGAUCAAGCAGGACUUCUACUACUUCCCCUCUGCCUCUAAGCUAAAGCCUGAGAACUAUGAAAAUGUGCAGUCCAUGCUCACCAACUGCAUCUACCUGCAGGACUCUGAUGUUACUGUGCGAGGCUUUCGCAUCUACGGCUCACCGUGGCAGCCAUGGUACUACGGCUGGGGGUUUAAUUUGCCACGGGGACAGUCUCUGUUGGACAAGUGGAACAAAAUCCCGGACUCUACUGACAUUCUGCUCACACACUGCCCUCCUCUGGGUUUUCUAGACUGGGUGCCCAGAAAAAUGCAGCGUGUUGGCUGCAUGGAGCUGCUAAACACAGUUCAGAGAAGAGUCCAACCUAAAUUACAUGUUUUUGGACACAUACAUGAAGGUUACGGCAUGAUGACGGAUGGAACCACCACAUUCAUUAAUGCUUCUGCCUGUACAGUCAACUUUCAGCCCAUGAAUGCUCCCAUUGUUUUUGACCUGCCCAAUCCUAGAAGCUCAUGACUGAAGUCCACCUUCCACUCUGCAGUCAGGUUCCUCUCUGAGUGUGCUUGGGUGCCGUUGUGUGUGUGUAUAUUGCAAAUAAGAGACGUUGCACUGGAAGAUUUUCAUUUGCUAUUGUGCUGUAUUCUGUUCUGAAAUACUGACUUUGCUACAGCCUUAAUCAACUGAGAUUUUACAUUUUCAACUUAUUCUCGCUGGUUUAUUACACUCAAAACACUGCGACAAUCCCUCUUGUCUGUAAAUAGUGGUCACUCACUGGCCUAACAAUGCCACAUUGAGAUGCAGUAUCUUAGGACCUUUCUCACAACUCUCAGAGAAAACUCUGCAACCUGAGGCCUCGAAGGAUUUGAGUCUGGAGAAGAAAAAUAAACUUGGUAUUUUUUGUUUGAAGGAACAGAACUGACCAAGAGAGGAUUGGAUAAAAUGUGGAUGCCAGCCUUUACUUCUGUUCUUAAUUUACAUCAGUGUUACACUGCAAAGCAUUUUUUUCAGUUUUUUUUCUUCAUCUGGUCAAUUUUUACACCCUGAACACUCACUCACUCACUUUUUUAACCGCUUAUCCAAUCAGGGUCGCGGGGGGUGCAGGAGCCAAUCACAGCUUUUCAAUGGCCGCAAGGCACACAGUAACACCCUGGACGGGGCGCCAGUCCAUCGCAGGGCAGACACACAUACACACACCCAUUCACCUAUAGGGCAAUUCAGUGUCUCCAAUUAACCUGACUUCAUGUUUUUGGACUGUGGGAGUAAACCCACGCAGACACAAGGAAAACAUGCAAAUUCCACACAGAAAGGACCCGGACCGCCCCAUCUGGGGAUCGAACCCAGGACCUUCUUGCUGUAAAGCGACAGUGCUACCCACUGAGCCACCAUGCCGCCCCACCCUGAACAUAUUGAUAAAAUAUUUUGCUGUCCCUGAUUUAACAUCAGACUGUAAAAAUGUAAUGUAUUAUAGCUCAUGAAAAAGUUCUGUGUUCUUCAGUUUUAUACUUUUAUUGUAAACUUGUGAUGUAAGUUCAGCACACAGACCUUUAUGAAAGCAUUCCAUUGUUUUCAGGCUUUUUGAAGUGCUUGUAGGAUGUCAAAUAUUUACUUUUUAAGCACUUCGGUUCACAUCUAAAAAUCAAGGUGCACUUUUGCUCAAGAAGAAUAUGAUUAACUUUGAUCUACAUGUUUCCCAUUAUAAUUUAUUAAAAUGCUUUUAAGAUCUGA